AUGCUUAUCUUUAUAGCGCUACUCUACUUUUCGCUUGUAUCCACCUGCGCUGCUGCAUUGGAUAUCUUUGGUCAACAGGAUAUCCUUCAUUCUCCAGACAUACUUCUACCGACCUGUGAAUGUCCUCCCGAGCAGCGCACGCUUUUCAGUAUCGUCUGGAACUGCAUUGUGACGAUCAACUUAUGCACUUGGACCUUGGUCCAUCCCAACAUUCCAGGGCCAGAUGAAGGAUGGUGGGAGGUGACCUGGCGAAGGAUCGAAUUGAUGUUGUGGGGAUUAGUCACGCCAGAAAUUAUCCUCAUCUGGGCGGCAAGGCAGCGGAUGGGCGCUCUGUUUAUAAAACACAAAGUUCAUGAGUUGUGUGGGGUAGAUUGGACGAUGACACAUGGCCAUUUCGUGCAGAUGGGAGGAUUUAUGCUCAUGGACGGAGAUGUCAAAAAGGGUGUACUCACUGCAGAGAAAUUUCAAGAGUUGCUCAGGGCGAAGAAAAUAGAUCUUCCAACAAUUACGGAGGAAGAAAUCAAGGGCCUUGGCAAAGGCGAUGGCCUCUCUGCUACUUUUACAAUUGUCCAAACCACAUGGUUCAUUCUUCAGUUCUUCUACCGACUGGGACAGGGUCUCGUCGUCACAAAUAUAGAAUGGCUUACUGUUGCCAUUGCCGUUGCGAAUGGAGGACUCCACAUCUUUUGGUGGCGAAAGCCCCUCGAUGUUCGGUUUUCUGUACCCCUUGCCUUGCGACUCGACGCCCCCACUCCCAUUCAAGAUGCAGAACCUGUUUCAGCAACUCAUGACUGGCAGGACCUGGAAACAAUGGAACUCCUUGAUGAACCCGAUCGAGAAAUUCCUGCCAGGUCAGAACAUACAGGUUCUAUGAUAUAG